ACCAAGACAAAAUCUUUGAUGUAUGAUGCUAGCAAGAAUCACCAAUAGCCUUCAUUUCAACCGAUCUAUGCACGAAUACCCAAAAUUUAUUACCAGAUUUAUAGGUAACCUAAGUUAGGAGAUCAGACCAAGCUCAAAAUUCGACAGUGAAGAAAAGAUCUAUCGCCCUAGAUAACAGAAACAAGCAAACCACAUAAAGGCAACCUAGUAAAGCAAUAUGCAUAUUUAGCCACGCUGCCAAUUGGAGCCGGGAGCACUAUGGCUGGCGCCAGAGUAAUCAAUACAAGCUAGAAACCAGGAACUGAGACAAUCACGUAUCGAAUCCAAAUCGAAGCCCACGCAUGGAGGCAAGAAAUAAAAGGAAACCACCAGCAGGCUACGCGAAAACUAGUUCCGAAACAAAAUGCUCCAGAUGCAGCACAGAUCAAAGCACCCGAAGUCACCUGAACGCGAUCGGGACGGGGCCACGAAGCGCGGACCCGACGGAUUCCCAAUUCGCGGCGCCAAACCCAAUCGCCCUAAACCUAAGCAGAGGACUCCCCGGAUUUCAGCAAGGCCGCAACCACAGCAGCUCAAUCGCCAGCAAAUUCGAUCCGGAUUUAGCUCAAUUCGCGGCCACAGGCGCCGAGAAUUGGGAAGCGAGCGAGGAUACGCACACGCUCCAAUCCAACCACAGGCAGGUCUUAUCACCGAACGAAGCAAACCUAAGUUGGACCCCGGCAAAGCGUCCCACCCUGAGAAAACAAGAAUCCCCAAGCCGACCAUACACGAGGCAGGAACGGAGCGGAAUUAAACCUAGGCAGCGAUUAGGGCUGCGGCCACCGGACGGGAGGCGCCUGGACCCAGCCACCGACCUUGCGGCAGCCGCGAGCUCGAGCUAGCGCCAGCCUCGCGCCCUAACCCGCACGGCACCGCUAGGCGGCGGCCCCGAUCAGCGCGAUUGCUUCCUGGGGUCCAAUGAGGCGUGGAGAGCAUUGGGAUGGCGUCGCGCGUGGAGCUGCUCGAGGAAGGAAGGGGGAGAGAGAGAGAGAGAGAGAGAGAGGGCAGGCUGAGG